CCCUUCGCCGGGCCCGCGAGUGCGGCGAGGGAAACUAGGCGGAGGCCAGCGUCGGUGAGCGUCCGCGAAGUUGCUUCUGAGGGAAACCCAAGAUGACCGGUUCUAACGAGUUCAAGCUGAACCAGCCACCCGAGGACGGCAUCUCCUCGGUGAAGUUCAGCCCCAACACCUCCCAGUUCCUGUUGGUCUCCUCGUGGGACACGUCCGUGCGCCUCUACGAUGUGCCGGCCAACUCCAUGCGGCUCAAGUACCAGCACACCGGCGCCGUCCUGGACUGCGCCUUCUACGAUCCAACGCAUGCCUGGAGUGGGGGAUUAGACCAUCAGUUGAAAAUGCAUGAUUUGAACACUGAUCAAGAAAAUCUUGUUGGAACCCAUGAUGCCCCUAUCAGAUGUGUUGAAUAUUGUCCAGAAGUGAAUGUGAUGGUUACUGGGAGUUGGGAUCAGACAGUUAAAUUGUGGGAUCCCAGAACCCCUUGUAAUGCUGGGACCUUCUCUCAGCCUGAAAAGGUGUAUACCCUCUCAGUGUCUGGAGACCGGCUGAUUGUGGGCACUGCAGGCCGUAGGGUGUUGGUGUGGGACUUACGGAACAUGGGCUACGUGCAGCAGCGCCGGGAGUCCAGCCUGAAGUACCAGACGCGCUGCAUCCGAGCAUUUCCAAACAAGCAGGGUUAUGUACUAAGCUCUAUUGAAGGCCGAGUGGCUGUUGAGUACUUGGACCCAAGCCCUGAGGUACAGAAGAAGAAGUAUGCCUUCAAGUGUCACAGACUAAAAGAAAAUAAUAUUGAGCAGAUUUACCCAGUCAAUGCCAUUUCUUUUCAUAACAUCCACAAUACCUUUGCCACAGGUGGUUCUGACGGAUUUGUAAAUAUUUGGGAUCCAUUUAACAAAAAGCGACUGUGCCAGUUCCAUCGGUACCCCACCAGCAUUGCAUCCCUUGCCUUCAGUAAUGAUGGGACUACACUUGCAAUAGCAUCAUCAUAUAUGUAUGAAAUGGAUGACACGGAACAUCCCGAAGAUGGUAUCUUCAUUCGCCAAGUGACAGAUGCAGAAACAAAGCCCAAGUCCACCUAACCAUCUCGUGAAAGUGAUUUCUCUAUGGAAAGCUUUGUUUUACUUCCUACAAAAUACAUGCUUUUCCCCUAAGGGAUGCGUUAUAGUCAUUGUGGACACGUUAUCUAGUAUGUGGAUUUCUCUGUUUUCUGUCUUACAAAAAACUUGUCUGUGUGUCCUUUCGUACUGACUUAUGUAGGAUGAGAGUCUGUCCUCGUGCAGUAGUCUGAAGAACUGUUUCUGCCCCCAGCCAGCCCAGUUGCUGUGUAUGAGCAGCGUGAGCUCUUUUUGUAAAAUAACCUAAACCUGUUAUUUCCAUGCUGUCUAAUAAAUCAGAGAUUCAGAACCCUUAAA